AUGGGCAUGAUAUCCUAUGCUGGGGCCAAGGCGCCGAUUCAGCGUCACCGAACACCCAUCGCCGACUUCGUUUUUCAGAAUGGAUCGAUCUAUACUCUUGACGCAGGAUCGGCCAAAGUCAGCUCUCUCGCCAUCAAAAAUGGAGUCAUCAUCUCUCUUGGAGACGAUGCCAAAGUCGCACCCUUGAUCGGAAGCAACACACAGGUUCUGGAUUUGGGAGGCCGCAUGGCAAUGCCUGGAUUCGUCGAUCCACACAUGCACGCUUUUCAAGCUGGACAGGACUUGCUCAAAUGCAACUUCAACUAUCAACGACUCAACGUUGAGCAGGUUCUCGCUCACUUGCAAACCUGUCUUGACAGCGACCCAGAGCGCACCGAUGACGACUGGCUCGACGGCGUAGCACUCAACUACAUGUCUCUGGCCCUCGCUGGAGAGACUCUUACCAAAGAUGACCUGGACAGCUUAAACACUAACCGCCCCAUCUUCGUUCGGUCAAACGACUACCACACCUUCGUCCUGAAUUCCCGCGCACUGCACGUCCCGGGGACCCAAGAGCCGACUGGAGUGCUUCUAGACGGCGCGAAUAUUCUCAUUGCUGGGCCUCCUCUGCCGUCGGAUGAGCAAAACGCCGAGGCCGCCCGAGCCGCGCUCCAAAUUCUACGCGAGAAUGGCAUCACAACCUGGCAGGAUGCCCUAGCGACCAACGAGCACGUAGGGCCGUGGCAGAUCAUCAAGCAGGCUGGCGACCUCAGCUCACGGGGGUAUUUCGACUGGCGCAUCCAGCCUCCCUCAACACUUGAAGAGAUCGAUGCAGUAGUCGCUGAGACAGUAGAGCUGCUCGCGUCCCGCAACGACAACUCCACCAUCAGUCCUACGCCAACGCUAAAGUGGCAGUCAAUCAAGGCAUUUUUGGAUGGUAUUGUCAUCUAUUCAGCGAGGACGGCCGCCAAUGUAGAUCCUCAUUGGCUUCCUGUUGCCAAUGGCACCAACGGCACUGUGGAAUGGGCGCCGGAUCCCAGCGCCUUGUCAGGCACGUACUGGGAUGCGGAUAUUCUUUCCGAGACCCUUGGUCAAUUCUUCCUCAACGGGGUUGAUGCGCAGCUACACGUUGAUGGUGACUUGGCUGUCCACAUCAGCUUGAAUGCGGCAGAGGCUUACCGCAAGGCCCAUCCCAAAGCACGCCCGAUCCGCCUCGCCCUGGCUCACGCGAGCUUGACCCUCGAAGAAGACUGGCCACGUUUUGCAGAGCUGGGGGUGGAUGCUGUAUUCAGCUUCCAAUGGUCCCAGCUCGCUCCUAUGUGGGUGCCGGAUACACUCCAGAGCCUGGGCGAGUACCGAAUGGACAAUCUUGACGCGUAUGCCCGCAUCGAGAAGGCUGGACGCCCCCCAGUCUACGGCAGCGACUGGCCUGUCGAUCCACUCGACGUUUGGCUUGCCCUCAAAGCAGGCGUGACUCGAAGAGGUGACCCAGAAAACCCCAACUCAGCCUCCUUCAUCGGCGAGGAAUACAGUGGCUUGUUCCCCGGCCCGGGCCUCUCGCGCGAAUCCGCUCUCAGAGCCAUGACUAUCAACGCAGCCAGACUCCUCCGCGCUGAUAAACAACUAGGAUCUUUGGAAAUUGGCAAGGUUGCAGAUAUGAUUGUGGUCGAGAACAACUACUUCGAGGUGCCUGAUGAGGAGCUGGGCCGGAAUCGAGUUCUAGUGACAAUGUUGGGCGGCGAGGUUGUGUACGUCGAGGACAAUGCACAGGCAACUUUUGCAAAGGAAAUCACCCCGAAAUUUGCCAACGACAAUGUGGCUGCUGCCAAGAUGGCCCGAAGGUCGCUGGGCGGUGUUGGCGGCAAGCAUCUCAACGAGGAAGAGCGGGCUGACAUGGCGAGGCUGAGAAAGCGAGGACAGUGCGGUCACGGCCUGCACUCGCACAAACACUAA